AUGGCUCGACACCUAGUUCUCGUUUGCCCAAUCGAUCCCGCGCGCCGCAAGCAACGCUACUCGUCCUCGCUAUCGAAGAGGCGAGGCCUCUUGCGCUCCGUCCUCACCGAGGGACUGCGUGAGAUCACCAAGAACCACACGGCACGCAUGCGCUACAACGAGCACGACUUCUGGGCGAACAUCGUGUGCCGGCUCGGCUACAAGCUCGUCGGCUGGCCGGACUCGAUCCUGUUCACGAACCUCAGUAACGUCAAGGGCGGGCGGCGCCCGAUCGAGGAGUUGCUCCAGCUCUGGAACAACGGCACGCUCACCUUCGUUCCCAUUGACUCGCCCGCCGAACUCGCCGCCCUGAAGCCGCAGACCGUUCGAAAGCGGGCUGCACGGCGCGACCUGAAGAGUCACCGGAAGGUGUUGACGGCUUCCGGAAAGCCUCGGUGUUGCCACCACCGGGGCGCGAUCACACCGCUGACGAUUGACGAAGAUGUUGAGGACUCGGAGAUCAAGGCGGACUCGGAGGCGGGAGGCAGGCGGUUGGCGCACGGCGAGUUGGCGGAGGACCCAAUCGAAGAUGCUUGA